AAUUAAUAUUAUAAAGUGAAUGAAACCUUGUUAACUUCCAGAUGACAUAAUUUAACAUUAUUCAAAUUAUCGAAAUAAAAAGAGUAAAUUGAAAGUGAGCACAAUAUUAGGCUCAAGAUUUGAGAUUGAUGAUAAAUAUGAAAUCUUAGACAAUAGUAUUGAUUUAUGAUGUUAUAAUACUAGUUGGCUAAGGUGCAUAUGGUAUAGUUGUAGCAGCAAGAGAUAAUACAUUAGACUCUGAGGAUAAUUUGGUAGCAAUAAAAAAGAUUGAAAAAGCUUUCGAACAUAAAAUAUUUACAAAGAGAACUUUAAGAGAGUUGAGACUACUAAGAUUAUUAUAACAUGAAAAUGUAUACAUUUGAAUAAUAUGUAGAUAAUUGGAAUCAAUACAAUCUUACUCCCAAAAUCAAGAGAAGAAUUUGAAGAUAUGUAUAAUUUAGAAUGAUUUAGUUAUGUGGUUUAAGAAUUAAUGGAAACAGAUUUAGCAUAAAUCAUAAAGUCAGACUAAAAUCUUGCUGAUGAACAUUGUUAAUUUUUCCUUUAUUAACUCUUAAGAGGUCUAAAAUAUAUACAUUCUGCAAAUGUAGUCCAUAGAGAUUUAAAACCACGUAAUCUAUUAGUUAAUAGUAAUUGUGAUCUAAAAAUUUGUGAUUUUGGAUUGGCUAGAGCAUUGAUUCCUGAUUUAAAAGUAACUAUUAUUAAAUAUAUAAAUCAUUAUUAGGCUAAAGCAGGUGUUUUAACUGAUUAUGUUGCUACUAGAUGGUAUAGAGCUCCAGAAUUACUAUUAUCAUGGAGAAAUUAUACUUAAAGUGUUGAUGUUUGGUCAGUAGGUUGCAUUUUUGCAGAAUUAUUAAGAAGAAAACCAUUUUUACCAGGAAUGGAUACAAAGAAUUAAAUAGAAUUGACAUUUGAAGUAAUUGGAACACCAACUGAAUAAGAAUUAAAUAUGAUUCCAAAAGAAAAAUAUAGAACUAUUGCUAAAGGAUUACCAAAAAGACCUGGAAAAGAUUUUAAUAAAUUAUUUCCUAAUGCAUCAAAUCUUGCUAUUGAUUUAUUGAAAAGUUUAUUAACAUUUGAUGCUAAAAAAAGAAUUACUGUAGAAGAUGCUCUAAGACAUCCAUAUUUAUCUGCUCUACAUUGUCCAGAUGAUGAAGUAUUUUAAUAGAUAAUAUAUUAUUUAGCCUAUUGCAGUUCCAGUUCAAAGAAUUGAUUUCGAAUUCGAAGAGUAUAAUAUGACACUUCAAUAAUUGAAAGGUAAAAGGAAAACCAUAAAAUAGAUUGUAUAUAUGAAGAAAUAUUGGUAUAUCACUUUAAAGACUUUAAAGAUGAAUAUGAAACAAAAAAGAGAAAUUCUUCUUCUAUCAUAAAUCAUAUAAUAAAAAAUGAAAACUCAAAAAUUAUAGAUCCAGAUGCAGAUGAUGAUGACAAUGACUCUGAUGAAGAACCAAUUUGAUAAAUAUAAUUAAAU